AAAAAAAAGAAAAGUUUUCCAUCAGAAAAUAAACAAAAAAUUUAUUGAGCAGCAAAAAAAAAUAUUUUAAAAAUUUCGUACUUAAGUGACUGAAAAAAGACAUUUGAAAUGUUUUGUACCAAAACGCACAUCCUAAACUGCUGUUAAAGCGCAUCAAUCACGAUGAAUUGUCGAAAAGCAGCUCAAAAUUAUGAAAAAAUUUUAAAUUUAAAUUUUUGUGCAAUUUUUCAUCUCAUUUUUGUAAUUUUUAACUUAACAACGGAAUCUUUUGCGGCUGGUGCAUGCGACAGAACCAGAAAAGUAUUUGAAAGUGUCAGCUACGGUGAAAUUACGGAUGGAAUCAACACAAACUACACUCAGGAUUCGCAUUGCGAGUGGCUGAUUAAGGCUGACAAUUCCAGUCAAUUUAUAACGCUGAAAUUUCUAUCACUCAAAACUGAAUGCUCAUAUGAUUAUAUCUUCAUCUACGAUGGAAACUCCUACUCAUCCCCCCUCCUUGGUAGCUACAGUGGACAAACUGAACCAUUGGAUAUCACAGCUUACUCUGGUUACAUGCUCAUCCUCCUCUACAGCGACACAAACUACAAUCUCGAUGGUUUUCGUGCCGUCUUCUCAAUAACAAAUUGUCUCAACAAUUGCUCAUCAAAUGGACUUUGUAUUAAUCAUUCGUGUCUGUGUACGGACGAUAACACAGGCAGUGACUGCAGUAUUAAGGCUUGUGAUUGUGGCGAUAAAGAAAAUCGUGGAUUUUGUGACAAAAACAAUUGUAAAUGUCUGAAUGGAUACACGGGUCAGACAUGUUCGCUUCAUCCGAUCAAUUCCGAAGCUAGUCAGUGGCAUUGGUUGUCGAAUUUGACACAAAGUUUCACGCCACGAACAGCACAUACUGCAAUAUAUCAUGAAAAAACUGAUGCUGUUUAUUUAUUUGGAGGUUAUGAUCUGAAUCGAGUGCUGGAUGAGAUGGAAAUUUUUAGAUUUAAGGAUAACAAGUGGGUGGAUGUGAAUGGAAGUGACAUUAAACCAAAGAUUGAUGAAAAGUCUAUAAUUAAGAAUGUGCUGUUGCAUGAUAAAGUUGAUGUUGGCAUAUCAGAUGGAUCGUGGUUUCGAGCGGCAUUAUUAGCGCAUGUAAAUGCACCAAAUAAGGAUGAUGAAGUAGCAUCAGUGGACCAAGAUGAUAAAAUCAUGCCAUCACCAAGAUAUGGACAUGCUGCAUGUCUAGUUGGUGAUAUUAUUUUAAUUUUUGGCGGGAAACUAGCAAAUGGAAGUUUAUCGAAUGAUUUAUGGAUGUACAACAUAUCAAGCAGUACGUGGGAGUUGAGGGGGAUCAACUCAACUAUAUUCCCACCCAGGCUAACUAGACAUACCUUAACUUAUGUAGAUACAAGUCAGUAUGUCUACUUAUUUGGUGGAUCACAAGAAAAUGGCGAAUUUUCAUCGCAAAUGUUCAGAAUUAAAAUAGACUCAACUUCCGAUCAGUGGGAGAUCGUCUAUCCUAGAGGUGGCAAGUCCUUUGACUACAGAAUUGUCGCACACACAACAACAUUCCAUAAACCAUCAAACUCACUAAUCAUCUAUGGUGGAAUUAUAGCUGGCGUCGCAAGAUUCUCAAAACUUUCAGACCGAAUGUUUUCAUUCAACCUUAACGAGAAUCAUUGGACAGAAGUAUUCUAUCCAAAAACAGCACUCAGGGAGACAAGCAUACCGCGAGAACGUGCAUUCCAUACAGCAACAAUAGCUGGAGAUUAUCUCAUCAUUUUUGGUGGAUAUUCACAUCGACAUAAUAAGGAAGAGAUUUGUUAUGACAAUCAGAUGUAUUUGUAUCACUUAAACUGCCAUUUAUGGAUUAAUCAGGAAGCUCUUGGAAGUGACAGACAGAACUAUCCAAAAAGACAAGGUGUAUUUGCUCAUGCAGCUGCAUUAAGGAAUGAUUCACAACUUCUUGUGAUUGGUGGCUAUCAUGGGAAUGUAAAUAAUGACUUUUUAGCAUUUACACUUCCUGACAUGAUGGUACCAAGCAGGAACACUAGUGAAGGAUCAAUUUGCUCAAACUAUAAGUCAUCGACUGAAUGUAUAUCCAAUCCACUAUGUGGAUAUUGCUCAUCAGAUGCUAAUUGCUAUGCAAGAACUGUGUCUACAUGUAAUACAAAUCUACAGACGACUAGAUGUCAUGGAGUAUGUCCAUCAUUAAGGGAUUGUCAAUCAUGUCUCAUUCAUGGUGAUUCAGACAUCAAUAGCUGCAAAUGGUGUGUCCAAAAUGCAAAAUGUCAUCACAUUAAUGACCGUGAACCGUGCGGGGAAAGUGACUUUGUGGAAAAAAUAUCAUAUCAAUGGUGGGGCAAGUACGGAGUUGAGAUUGGUGACAAAAGUCAAUGUUCAGCCAUGGAUCGACCACCUGGACUAACUUAUAUGAAAUAUUUAUAUCCAUAUGACUGGAACAUGCCAGAUUCAGUGACAAUUGUCAAUAGCACAUUGGUUGAAUUCAGCACAGCAACAGCACCGAGCAUUGAUUCAUCAAAUAGUGGAGAAGUUCUAGCACGUCUUCAUGGAUACUUAAGGCUUCCAGAUGAACAAAAGGAGAUUGUCAAAGUUUGUGGAAGCUAUGCAGACAUAACCUUAAAAGUGUCCCUUGACGACGAAUCUUUUACAGUCGCGAACUUCUCAGCCGACCAGAACAUCUGUAUAGCAUCAAAAUGGAACAAAUGGAACCAACAGAAAGUCCUGAUUGAUCUACAAGCUCGACGUCAACAAAAGUCACAGAUUCACAUCCACAGCAAGGUCGCUUUACAGAACAAUGCGACCAAAGCCUUCACAUUUGAGUUCCUUGAACCAUUUUCAAGUGGAAAUUGUGAAACUUACACGAACUGCUUCCAAUGUCUUAGUGACAAUGCCUGUGGAUGGUGUGACUUGAAAUCUCAAUGUUUCUCAAGAACUGUCAAUGAGUCAUCAAGCUGCACUGAUGGAACUAAUUGGAGAUAUUUGAUUCUUAAAUCUGAGCAGUGCAUCAACUGCAGCAACUAUAUAUCAUGUCAAUCAUGCAGCAUGUCUGAUUAUUGUGAAUGGUGGAAUGAUGACAAAUGUGAGCGUCGUGGACGAUCAGUUAGUGCCAUUAAAGAUCCUUUUGAAUGUCCAUCACAAUGUCAUGAACGAACAAACUGCACAAGCUGCUUAAAUGACAAAGGAAAGUGCGUUUGGUGUCAGGCAACAAGUCAGUGCUUUAGCUUUUCAAUCUACACAAGUGAAUUCCAGUUUGGACUGUGUCGUGAGUGGAUUGAUCAGUUAAUAGUGACGAGUACGAUAGAUAUUAAUGGAAAUUAUGGACAUCAUCAAUGUAAAGCUUGUUCGAUGUAUUCGAAUUGUUCUACUUGCUUAAGAAGCUUGAAUUGUGGAUGGUGUUAUAUGGAGGAGAAUCCAAUUGAAGGUGCUUGUGUUGAUGGUGACUUUAGUGGAUCAGCCAUGACUUGUGAUGUAGCUUUAAAUACGACAGAACCAACAAUGUACAAGUAUGAAAGCUGUCCUGAUGUUGAUGAAUGUGGUCUUGGGAUUCAUGACUGUAAUGUUAAUGCUGAGUGCUUAAAUACUCACGGAUCUUUUAACUGUCAAUGUAAGAAAGGAUUUAUUGGAGAUGGAAAGCGAAAAUGUGACAAAACCUGCGAUGAGAAGUGCAUUCAUGGUCGCUGCUCAAACUAUCCUGAAUAUAAAUGCUUGUGUGACCUCGGCUGGACUGGAUCUGACUGUUCGAUCAACUGUAAAUGCAACAACCACUCAACUUGCAUGAAAGGAGUUGGCAUCUGUGAUGAAUGUCAAGAUCAUACAGAAGGCGAAUAUUGUGAUAAAUGUAAACUAGGAAGCUAUGGUAAUGCAACAUAUAGUGGAUGCUUGGCAUGUGAAUGUCAUGGUCAUGGAAAUGAGGUGCUAGGGAAGUGUGAUCAAAAGACUGGGAAGUGCUUCUGCAUGGAGAACACUGAAGGUGACAACUGUGAAAUUUGCUCAAAAGGCUUCUACGGCGACCCAAAGAACAACGGCAGAUGCUACCUUCAAUGUCAAUCUCGAGCCAUGCUUAAACCUGUCAAAUCUCAAGGUAUUGGUUCCUUCAAAAAUCAUCCAGGUGUCUCAGAAUGCCUCUGGCUCAUCAAAUUAGAACCAAAAAUCAUCAAUGAGAGUCUGAUCAUGUUUGAUGUUGAGGAUGACAUGAACAUCACGUGCUCGAACAAUGGAAUUUAUGUCUACAACAGCAUCUCUGAAUUUUCAGACAAUUUUGGACAGAAGCAGUUGCUUAGUGUGAUUUGUAAGGAAGGAAAUGCUGUGAAUAUUGCAAGAGAGUCCAAAACUGGUGAAAUGGCAAUUUACUUCCAAAAGACAUCAACUUAUGAAGCAUUUAAUGGAAUUUUGAGUGUCUAUAGCUGUGCAUUAGGAACCUGUACACAUCCUUAUACUUGCGAUAAUUCAACAAACAAAUGCAGAUGUCCGGAUGGAUUCAAAGGAUCAAAAUGUGACAUCGAAGUCUGCAAGUCAAACUGCAGUUUUGGGCUUAAUCAAGGCUUUUGUGACACUAUUAGCAAUCAAUGUGUCUGUACUGAUGGAUAUGCUGGCGAUGACUGCUCACAGCAUGUUAAACAGACAUCAAUAGUCAUCCAUGAACUUUUCAAUACCUUAACAGUAAGCAAGAACCUUUCACAUCUCAAAAAGACACUUCCAAGAUUUGGACAUUCUGUCAAUGCUGAUCGUCGUGGAUUUUUAUGGAUCUUUGGUGGAUAUUCACUGUCCAAUGGAGCAUUAAAUGACAUCAGGCAGUUUGACACAAGGAAUCGAACAUGGAUGCAAGUGACAGUCGAUGGAACUCUUGCAAAAAUGCCACUCGGUCGAUACUUUCAUGCUGCUGAAAUAUCAAAGCAGUCAAUCUACAUCUACGGUGGAUUAAGCAAUGAAUUUGAAGUUCUUGAUGACUUUUGGGUCUUUAAUGUUCACGAACAUCGAUGGACGGAAGUUGAUGUUGAUUCUGGGAAUCAAAGUUUAUGUAAAAAUGUCAUUUGUGGAUCUCCUGGUGCACUAGCUGGACAUACACUGACUGCUGUUAAGGAUGAAGAAAAUGAAGCUUUGAUUCUCAUCGGUGGAUAUAAAAAUUCGACAGCUGUGAACGAAACUUUACAGAAAAGUUUAGAAACAACAACAGAAAUUCCAGCAAUUGAGCCUCAAAAUUUGAACUUUUCAAUCGUUUGGGAAUUUAAUUUUGAAAAGAAAAUUUGGACAAACUUGAACAUUAGUGGAAAUGGACCGAAAUUAAUUUUUGGACACUCAGUUUCUUAUCAUUCACAGUCACAAGUUUUAUACAUCUUUGGUGGAUAUCAGCUGAUUAAUGGAAAGAUUUUGAUGUCUAAGAACUUGUUCACAUUAAGGAAGUUGAAUGGAAAGUGGUUCUGGAAUGUCCUGCCUGUAUUUAAUGAGCUGAACAGACCUGAAGAGAAUUUACCACGAGGAAGGUUCCUGCAUUCAUCUAUAGCUUUCCAGAAUUACAUGAUAAUCCACGCCGGAGACACAAACCCAUCAAAUGCAUCAGAUUUCAUGAAUGCUUACAUCUACAAAUGCAAUUCUUACAUCCGACUAACAGAAGGCAUUGAAAUAAUCGGAAACUCUCCAUCCUGGAUCUAUUCACAAGCUGUAGCAGUCGAAACUGACUCGGACAUCAACAGCUUCUAUGUCAUCGGUGGAAUAUCGUCACAGUUCAGCAUCCAUAAAGUAUCGAUUCCAUCUGACAUUUGUCAACUUUGGAGUGGAUCAAAAUACUUUUGUCGACUCAAUCGUGGCUGCUCAUUUGCAACAACAACAUCAGCAUCAAGCAGUUCUAACAUAACUCGAUCAACUUUGUGCUUUUCAAGUGAUCAAAAAGAGACAAAACAGAAUGAAUUGACAUCAUCAGCAUUUAAUUGGGGUGCAGUCUGCGAUGAACUAUUGCUGAGUACCAGAAACUGCACUAGUUUUGUCACAUGUGAUGAUUGUGCUGCAUUGUUUCCUUAUGAAGGAUCAUCAGCAUGUCAAUGGAGCACAAAUAGGAAAUGUUAUGUUGACAAGAGACCUAAAAAUGAGACAGAAGGAACCACGCCGCAGUUCUGUGCCUCAACUUCCGAAAAAAUGACACAAAAUAUAUCAAAUUGUGGACAAUUUUUCAACUGCAGUUCCUGCUUGGAUCAAAAUUGUGUCUGGACAUCCAAAAGUCAUCGAUGCAUGGAAAAGUCAUUCACACCAUUAUUAUGUUCAGGUUUAACAUGCGGUGCCAUCCUCCAAAUCCCAUCCGAAUGUCCAAAACCUUGCGAUUCCUACAAAAUGUGCAGUAAAUGCUUAACAAACUCAAAUUGUGGAUGGGAAGCAGGAACUGGAAAUGGCAAUGGUCAAUGUCUUGAAGGGAACAUCAACUAUGCUUAUGAAAAGUAUGAACAGAAUUCAUGGAACUACCUGACAUGUCCACCAGAAGAUGAAUGCACAAAUGAACAUCAUAACUGUGAUAAUGUGACAGAAAAGUGUGUUGACUUGCUGGAUGGAUUCAAGUGUGUCUGUGCUGAUGGCUACAAGCCAAGCUAUGACAAGGAAGACAUUUGUGUUCCAAUUUGUAAUCAAGGAUGCUUUUUCGGUACCUGUGUACAUCCAAAUGUCUGCAAAUGUGAUUUUGGAUAUGUUGGUGCUAAUUGCUCAAUAGCUUGUCAAUGUUCUGGUUUCAGCGACUGUGCAGGACCAGAACAGCUUGAUGUAUGUCUUAAAUGCAUGAAUCAUACUCGAGGAUCGCGAUGCGAGAAAUGUGAAAAAUUUUAUGUCAAAAAGGAUGGAAAGUGUGAAAGUUGCAGCACAUUUUGUCAUGGUCACACAGAAAUUUGUGUCUCCUCGGACUUAAAAGACUCUAAUGCAACAGUUACAGAGCUAGAAGAGAUAAUAUCUGAAGGUCCAUCAGCAGAAGACGCUGUAUGCUUAAAUUGUGGAAAUUUCACAAAUGAAAGACGCUGUGAGACAUGCCUUAAUGGCUACUUCCGUGGAACAACAAAUCUCAAUGAAAAGUGUCGUUCGUGCCUUUGUAACGGUCACGGAAAUGAAUGUGAUCCAGUCACAGGUGAAAAGUGUAAUUGUGGGAAUAAUACUGAAUCUGAACAGACAUGUCCAGCAUCGACAAGUAAGACUGACAAGAACACUAUUCAAAUAUUUCAUUGUUAUAUGACUCAAUGUACUAAAUGUAAAGAUUCAUACAAUGGACAUCCAAAGAAUGGACAUCAAUGCUAUAAGCAGAUCACAAUUGAGUCAAGAAUGUGCAUUAAUGAAGCAAAGCCGAUUGAAGAUUGUGAGGAAGCUCUUGAGAGUGGAAAAAUGCAAUUUUUCCAAAUCCAACCAAGAUUUUUGAAUGUGGACAUAAGGAUACAAAUAGAUGUGACUGAUGGGGAGAUAGACCUGCAAAUGAGCUCAAAUGACGAUUCAUUUAUUGUCAUGACAAAUCAAUCCAAUGGAUUUCAUGAUGUUUUCUUAGAUUCUAAGUAUCAAUGGGUGCAAACAACCUACGAGGAUGAUGAAAAUACAAGCUUUAUUCCAAUUGUGAUGUCAGCUAAGAAGUCGGAAGGUUCUAGUUCCCCAAUAAUAUAUAAAGUCAUCGAUCGAUUCGCAAAUGAUGCAGCUUUGAGUACUUACAUAACCUUAAAGCAACACAAUGCAUUACUUAGAGUUUUUGGCAUUAAGAACCGAUUAGUCAUAACUUUACCGCAGCAUAUCCAUAAUCUUAGUGGAACUAGGUUCUUUAUAGCCAUUCGUGCUGUCAACAAUGCUGUUUUUACGACUGGAAUCAUUUAUUUUAGACAGGAUCAACUGCAUAUUGAUCUUUUUGUAUUUUUCUCAGUAUUCUUUUCGUGCUUUUUCCUAUUUUUGGCUGUUUGUGUUGUGAUAUGGAAGGCUAAGCAGGCGGCUGAUAUGAGACGAGCGAGACAACGCUACGCUGUAGAAAUGCUCAACAUGGCCCAGCGACCUUACUCAUCAGUCCUACUAGAUGUGACGCCAGAACUUCAACCAGAAUCUCAAAGCUCUCCAAAGACCAUUAAAAAAUCUGAUAACUACGUACCGGUGGCAAUAGAGACUACAUCCGAUAAUGUUGCAGCUAUUUGUACAAUUUUUAUAAGACUUCCCGAAACAAAACUGAAAAGACGACCAGUUUGUAUGGGCUCAGCGCUGAUAAGUGCACCAAAACAAAAUGCUUUUCUUAACAAACCAACUCAACGGGUAGCUCAGCAUAUUAUGUAGAUAGUUGUUAUCACUUGGAGUGUUCUCAUUAAGUCCUAAAUUUUGUCAAUGAACAAUUUUUCUCUCGCAUUUGAAAGCAAAUUAAAUUCUAAUUAUGUAGUUAAUGUACAGACUCGAAUGAAAAAAAAAAUUAUUAAUAUAAGAAAAAAAUAUUAUUUAUAAAAAAAGAGGAACUUAAAGUUGUUUAAAAUAAUUUAAAUGUUUAG